AUGACGACUACACCGGACAUGCAAAGCUCCACAACACCAACACCUACUACCAGUACCACCAGUGCAGUGGUGACAAGCACCACUGAGUUUACAACUACAACAGAAGCAACCACCACUCCUACUACGAUUUUUACAACUACAACUGUUACUACCGACACUCCUAGAACCGAUCCUACUAGUACAAUUACACCAGAUUCCACAACUACAACAACUCAGGACACUACUAUCAAAAAUAUUUCAUCAACUACCCUGGCUGCUACUACUUCUACUACAGAUUUAUUAACGACAUCUACUAGCACUGUACUUACUACUACAACAGCCACAUCUAUUCCUACUACUACUACAUCCGUUCCAACGACUACUACGACUUCAAUCCCCACUACUACCACCACUACCAUGCCUACUACUACUUCUACUAAUACAUCCGAUCUUACUACUACUACCACUUCUAUUCCCACCACUACGACCACAUCCACUCCUACUACUACCACUUUCAUUCCUACAACUACUACAUCCAUUACUACUACUACUACCACCUCCAUUCCAACUACUACUACCACAUCCAUUUCCACUACUACCACCACUUCCAUUCCUACUACUACUACCACAUUCACUCCUACUACUAGUACUACAUCAAUUCCCACUACUACUACUACCACUUUCAUUCCUACUACUACUACAUCCAUUCCCACUACUACCACCACUUCUGUUCCUACUACUACUACUACUACCACGUCCAUUCCAACUACUACUACCACUUCUAUUCCUACUACAACUACCACCUCCAUUUCUACUACUACCACCUCCAUUCCAACUACUACUACCACAUCCAUUCCCACUACUACCACCACUUCCAUUCCUACUACUACUACCACAUCCACUCCUACUACUAGUACUACAUCAAUACCCACUACUACUACCACCUCUACCGAUCCUACUACUAGUACCACAUCCAUUCCUAUUACUACUCCUACUACUACUAAUAUUCAACAAACAACAACCACAAGCACACCUACCACUACAACUGACAUCUCUACUUCCACCACAACUGUCGGAACCACGUCUGCUACGGAAACAACAAGCACGGUUUCUAAAACAACUUCUACCACAGAAUUAUCGACUACUACAAGUUCGUCAACUAGCAGCACAAUUAUAACUACCCUUUCAGUUACUGACACUUCUUCCACUGAUACAACAACGAGCCCCAAAACAACUUCUACUACCGAUGGUUAUUCAACUUCUACCACGACGGACUCUCUCAACUACAAAAGCAACAACAACGAGUACAACUACAGUAGCACCAACAACGAUAACAACGAUGCAACCAACGAAACAAUGCAGUCGGCAUCAAAAGCUCACUAUUUGUCGCCCACUGUGCAUACCAACUUGUGA